AUGUCGGGCGAGCGAGAGAUCGCCAUCCGGGAGUCCACAAGCACGGUACCGAGAGUGAAGACGCCGCCGAAGUCCUCCGCGAUCUCUGUGCCAUUCGUGUAUCACCCGAGCGACGAUGGGACGGAUGAGAACUUGCUUGUUCUGCUUCAUGGCCUAGGCGAUACCCAGAUUCCUUUUGGUAGGCUGGGCCAUCAGCUACACCUGCCACAGACGGCUACCCUAGCAUUACGAGCUCCCGAAAAGAUUCCAUACCUGUACGAAGAGGCGUAUCAGUGGUUUCCCUCCUUCGACCACCUCGGGGAGCUCCUAGAACAUCCGAACCCCACGUCCGCGCUGGAACUCAUGACAAAGAUCGUCAAUCACCUCGUCAACGACUGCGCAUGGCCACCGCAGCGUAUGCACCUCUUCGGCUUCGCCCAAGGCGGGAGUGUCGCCGCCCAGUUCGCACUCAAGUACUGGAGCAGCGAGCUUUCGCCUCAGCAAAAGGCUCUCCCUUCUGUAUCCGACAUCCAGUCUGCCGUGCCUGCGUCGCGCUCUCUCGGGUCUGUCGUGAGCGUGUGCGGACCCCUCCUGUCCUACCCUACACUGCCGAAGCCGUGUCCAACCCCGCUGCUCAUCUUCCACCGUCCACCCCCGGCCGAGACAGCCAUGCGUCCCGCCGCGGUGGCCGAGUUGAAGAAGGGAUUCGCGAAGGUCGAGGAGGUGAAGGUGCGAGGCGAGGGUAUGCCGCGGUCGAAGGAGGAGUGGCAGCCUAUCAUGCGCUUCUGGAGCGAGCAUCUCGGCCGGAGACAGAUGGACGGAUUGUACGAGGUCAUGUCGGGUGCAGCACCGCCAUAG